GGCUCCUCCCGCCGCAGGUUUCCAAUCGAUUGCUCGCUAAGAAGCUCAGGUGGGAGCUGAGGCUCAGAAGUCCUGUGCAGGUGGGUGGGCGCAUGCGCAGCGCGCGCUCUCACAAGCCGACCCGGGGCGAAUAGAGCUACCAGAUACUUUUGCCAUAUGAAGUUGAACAUGGCGGAAGAAGAGGACUAUAUGUCUGAUUCCUUCAUUAAUGUCCAACAAGACAUCAGACCAGGAUUGCCAAUGCUGAGGCAAAUCCGAGAAGCCCGUCGAAAAGAAGAAAAGCAACAGGAAGCUAAUUUGAAAAACAGACAGAAGAGUUUAAAAGAAGAAGAACAAGAAAGACGUGACAUUGGAUUGAAGAAUGCACUAGGCUGUGAAAACAAAGGGUUUGCUUUGCUCCAAAAGAUGGGAUAUAAAAGUGGUCAGGCCCUUGGCAAAAGUGGAGGUGGUAUUGUUGAACCAAUUCCUCUCAACGUCAAAACAGGGAAAAGUGGCAUUGGUCAUGAGGCAUUACUGAAGCGGAAAGCAGAGGAAAAACUAGAAAACUAUAGGAGAAAGAUCCACAUGAAAACCCAAGCCGAAGAAAAAGCCGCAGAGCAGUUUCGACUGCGAUUGAAACAUAAGCAGGAUGAAGUGAAGCUGGAAGGGGACCUUAGAAGAAGCCAGCGAGCCUGCCAGCAGUUGGAUACUCAGAAGAAUAUUCAGGUUCCUAGGGAAGCAUGGUACUGGUUGGGGCUUGAAGUGGAAACCGAGGAAGAGGAAGAGGAAGAAAAAGAACACGAUGAAGAUGAAUAUAAGAGUGAAGACUUGAGUGUACUGGAAAAAUUACAAAUAUUGACUGGUUAUUUAAGAGAAGAACAUCUGUAUUGUAUUUGGUGUGGAACAGCCUAUGAAGAUAAAGAAGACCUCUCUUCAAAUUGCCCAGGACCAACUUCUGCAGAUCAUGACUAAGAUUAUUCUCAAUAAAGUAGAAACUUGGAAAAUGUUACUGUUUUCUAAAAAUAAACAAUUGAGCAGUUAGAAUUCCCAAAUUAUGCCAGUUAAAGAAAGAGGGCCUUUUUAUAUGUUUUGUUCUUUUUGUGAUUUUAGAAGCACUUUGUACUUUAUAGUUGUUCAUUGAUUUCAAAAAAAAAAUAACAAUGCUGUUUCAGAACGCAAGUGUUAUAGACAUGGGCAAACACAAUUUGUGACUCUGUUGUGAUGCUAUGGGGCUCAAGGACACCAAUAGGUAACUCCCUCAUUCCUCUCUUCACUUUGGAACAAAGUGAGAAGUAAGACAUGGGAGUCAGAGAGAGAUCAACAUGUCAGCUUUAUUAUCAGUGACGUUGAGAUAGAGAGCAAGGUUGACUUGUUCUCCUAUUAGGCUCCCUAAAAUAUCUCCCUGACUGGACACAACUGCAGACCUCUGCCUUGCCGGGGAUGGAGCCUACCUUUGCCUUCUGAGAGCAUUUAGCUUUCAAGGAGAGAGGACCCACUAGGGGCGGGGCCACACGUGCUAAGUUCCUUCUCCUAAAAUCACAUCUCAGAUAAGACACUUCUCUGUUGAGAGGGAAUGAAUGACGGUUCACAGAGCUUGCUCCCAUACUUCUCUCUCCCAAGGAGCAAGAAAAAGUCCCUUCCCUCCAUGCAGAUAGGAGGAAGGAAAAGCAUCCCCCUCAAUAAGACUGAUGUCAGGCCAUGUUCCAUUAACACUACUUCAUUCUAGCCAAUUUCAGAAACAAAAUAAUUAUGAUACUUGUGGGUAAAUCAUGAGUUUUCAUGACAGUGUGUAUAUCCACUAUAAGUGAAGAUUGCAAGUUUUAGCUAAAGAAACUUUAGAAUUGGAAGUAAUCUUAACUAUCAGGUUAUCCAAGUACUUCCUAAAUUUGGGAGCCCUUGGACAACAUUCCCAGCAGUUUGCAAUCUAACCUCUGCCUUUAUUUCUCCAGCCACAGAGAACUCACUGCCUUAAAAUGGAUUGUUCCAUUGCUGGGUAGCUAUAAGUGAUUUUUAAAGUUAUUUUUCUAAAAUCUGCUUCUCUAUAAUGUCACCACAUAUAGCUAAGGACAUACCAUGUAGCACACCUCUAGAUAUCUUCAGACAAAAUUGGGCAUCAAAAAUCCUGAACUUUUUUUAAAGUUCACAAGCUCAGGUACCACCCGUAGUGAUUUUGAUUCGGCUAGUCUAGGGUAGUUUCUAGAUAUCUGUAUUUGUAUAAAGUGCUAAGAAUACAUCUGAUAAGCACCUGUGCAUUAGGACUAAUGCUACAGGUUAAAUACAGAGCACUGUUACAUUCUUGGGGAUCCAGUUUUAUAGCUAACCUCUCUUUCAGUACCACUGAGCAAGAGAUCAGCCUCUUCUUUUAGAAACAGUAUACACAAGAACAGAGCAAAAGCAUAACCUGUAUUUGCAUAAGUUAAGAUAAUCAAUAGCACAACUUGUAUCAGCCUUUGCCCUAAUAUAACCUAAUCCAUUUGUUCUCAAGUUUAGCUUGGGGAGCUUUAAAAAUGAUAAUACAAGGGGUGCCUGGGUGGCUCAGUCGGUUAAGUGUUUGACUCUUCAUCAUCACAAUUUCGUGAGUUGAAGCCCCACAUCAGGCUCUGCGCUGACAGUUUCCCAUCGGCAGAGGUUCUGAUGUAAUUGGUCACUGUGGCCUGAGCGUGACCACCUUUGACUCUGAGAUGCAGCAAAACUUGAGAAUCACUACACUAGUUAACUUCUGGGCCUCCAGAAAAUGAAGCAUUAUUUUUAUGAAUAUAAACACACAUAUAAAAUACUAGAGCUUAUACUGUUGUAUAAUAGUAUUAAAUAUUUACUUUUUCACUUAACAAUAAAAUUGUAUUAAUAGCUGAAACAAAGGAGUUCAUCUUUCCUGGGAAUUACAGUCAGAUACUCUCCCGUCAUUUCAGCCAGUAUACUGCCAUCCAUGCAGUCAUUCCCAAAGCCAUGUGGGUUGUUUCAGAUGGAAUGGAGUUAGUCACCAGCUUCCUUUUCUACUACUGACUGUGGGGACAACCAUCCACCUGCCUAAUGGCCAAGAAUAUUUUUAAUACGUUCAUGCUCAGAAUAUGGGAAUAAUUUUGAUAGAAUCCAUGACUCCACCAGAUUUGUGGUUCGCAUUUCCAGGUCAAGGCUUAAAACUAGGCUUACCUUGGAGAAUGGGAAACAUUCCUUAUUCUUAUCCAUUGACAAUUAAAAAUACAGGCUUCCAGGGCGCCUGCGUGGCUCAGUCAGUUAAGCGUCCAACUAUUGAUUUUGGCUCAGGUCAUCAUGAAAUGGAGCCCUGCAUCUGGCUCUGCACUGACAUCAUGGAGCCUGCUUGGGAUUCUCUCUCCCUCUCUCUCUGUUCUUCCCCUGCUUGUACUUUCUUUUCCUCUCAAAAAUACAUAAUAAACUUAAAAAAAAAAUACAGGCUUCCAAUAUGAGUAAAAAUUUACUUUUAUUAACAUAAGCCUUUACUGAUUUCAAAACUAGACAAUAAUGAAAACCAAGAUAAGCAAAACAUUAGAAUUUUUAAAUUUGCUUUAGGGAAUUUGAAUUUGCUUCAGUGAAAUUUAUGUAAAAUUUGAAACAUAAUAUGUCGUGUUGUCAUUUACUUUUAUUUAUAUUGUGCUUUGUUUCCUUUUUUUUUUUUUGAGUGCUUUGUUUAUUUUCAAAGUCCAAUCUAUAAUUUCUAAAGUCUUUCAUUUUCCUAAAAUAUAAAUCCAAAAUACUGGAGCUUCUACAAUUCAAAAUGAAUAGACUUUAAUGUACAAAAUUUGUUUCCCUUAAAUACCCCUUUUUUUAGUGUUAUUUGCCAUUUAACUGUUGAAAUUUGAAAGUGAACAUUAUUAUUUAGUAUUAGACACAUUUUGUAGGAUCAAGCAUAUGAAAUCCUUAAUACUUUUAUUUCCCACCGAUUCAAAAGCAUUUACAGAGUUCCUGCUUUAUGCAGAUCAGUAGGCUCACUGCCUUGGGGUAGACAAAAAUGAGAGAGCCUGUCCCUGCUUUCCAGAAAUUCAUCGAAAGAGCCACACAGGGAAAACUGAGCUCCCAAGGCAAAUUGGUAAGCAUAAUACUGAGGCACUGGACAAGAGCAGAACUAGGAAACUGUUCCAUUCUGGGUGGGGGACAGUGGAACAUGAUGAAGUCACACUGAAUUUGAUUCUGAAUGUCAUUUCAAUACGCGAAGUUAUGAGGAAAGGGUUACAAUAUAACCCAGCACUUUCACUCCCAGUAUUUACCCAAGAGAAAUGAAAACAUACAUCCACAUAAAACUUGCACAUGAAUAUUCAUAGUAGCAUUGUUCAUAAUAGCAGGAAAGUGGAAACAACCCAAAUGUCCAUCAACUGAUGAAUGGAUAAAUUGUGAUAGAGCCAUAGAAUUGAUUAUUAGUUGGCCAUAAAAAGGAAGGAGGUCCUGGUCCAUGCCACAACAUGGAUGAACCUCAAAAACAUUAUGCUAAAUGGAAAAGACCACAUAUUGUAUGAUUCCAUUUAAAUGAAAGUCCAGAUUGGGCAAAAAAAUCUCUUUGGGAUUCUCUCUGUCUCUCUGUCUCUGCCCUCCUCUGUGCACUCUCUCUCUAAAAAAAAAAAAAAAAAAAAAAAAAAAAAAUUUAAAGAUUAAAAAGAUAACAUCGUGGUGAUGGUUGCACUCUCAACAUACAUGACGUCACUGAAAUGUAUAGUUUAAAUGGGUGAAAUGUAUGGUAUGUAUUCUAUCUCAGUAAAAUUGUUAUUAAAAAAAGAAGGAGAUUUUAGGUAGAAACCGUAGUUGAGAGCCAUUGAGUGCAAAACCUUAUUCAGGUAACACAGCUGACCUGUGUGGCAGGAGCUUAGUCAAGUAAGUCAGUGAACAUGGGUCAUGGAGUGGGAACCUCCAGAGGAACAUGGCCCUGUCAACACCUCGACUUUAGCCCAGUGAAACUCACUUCAGGCUUCUGGCCUCCAGAGGUGUAAGAGAAUAAAUGAGUGUUGUUUUAAGCCCCCAAGUGUGUGGUAGUUUUUCAAAGCAGCCAUAGAAAACUAAUACAGGUCUCAACCCCUGAAGAGUCACACAUAUUUGAGAGGUAUUUGCCUCACGGUUUUAUCUCUUCUACUGUUUUUAGUCAGAGUUUAAACCAAUAGUGAGAACACUGUACAUCUAUCAACUGUAGUCCCUUCAUCUGAGACUGUUCUGAGGACAUGCAGGAUUGGGACAGGCCAUAGUUACAGAUAGAGAAUCACACAGACGUCAAGGACAGGGUUGACAUUUAGAUAUAAAGAGUAAAUACCUAAAUGGAGUGUUUGCCAUACUUUGUUCCUUAGUCUGCCUUCCUCUGCAUAAUCUCCCCUGGAUUCAAAGUUGAGCCUCAGGGGUUACUUCCAGAUAAUAUACACAUCACUCUGUGUAUGAAUCCAUCCUCUCUCUCAUGUGUUUUCCACGGUCUGCUCGACCUCUUCACCUCAAUAUUCUGGCAGCAACACAAACAGCAUCUCCAAAUGAGAGCUAACAUUUUACACCCCAUACGUGCUCCCCUCAUCACGUGGACAGAUGUGCGGUGGCCUUCCUAUUGGCUUAAAUCCUAACGAAAAAUUGUAUAAUAGAUAAAAGUGUGACACAAAAUAUCUCUCAAAUAUGUGUGGCUCUUUGGGGGUUAAUCCUAUUGAAGCCUACAUCCUAAUCUGGCUACUCACCUUCAAACAAACCUGGAGGUAAUCUCUGGCGGUACUUUCUCCUUAAUCCUCACAACUAGUCACCGACUCCUCUUGGUUCUGUCCCCAGUAUCUUUCAGGCCGUCUUAGCCUCUCAGCCUUCUGGUCUUUCAAAUAUAGUCUCCUCCUGCUCCAACCCAUUCUAAACACAACUGUUUCAAAGAGCUGGCUGGGUCAUACCGCUGCUCAAAAAACGAAAGCCUUAUUUGUUGCCUUUGGGGGUUACCAGGGCACCAACUCAUUCUAAAAUAUUUAUUCCAUCUAUUCCAUUCUGCUUUAAAGAAAGUUCUUUAUAGAAUAACCACAGAUGAUAAAGAUUACAGAAUCCAAAAAUCUCUAUUUUGCAACCCCUAAUGAAAUAAUGGAUCCAAACAACAAUCUCCAACCAUUAGGUGGAAGAUUGGAAAGAAACUUUAUAGUAGAUUACACCACCAGAACCCACGGAUCAAUCUUAAGAUCACUGAAAAUGAAACAACCAAACAUUAUGUUACUCCUGAAGAGAUGUCAAGGAAAGUAUACACCAUCAUCUAUGCAGUAUUCUUGGGGAAAAAACUUGAACCAGAAUCAAAUCAAGCUUCUAGUCCUAACUAGACACCAUGGGGAUACCAUCAGUCAAGUCCUGAAUGAAGGAAAUUCCACAGGAUAUAUGAUCUAGUUCCGUCCUUAAAUAAAUGGCAAGAGGAAAGAAAUUUAAAACAGGGGUAAAUGUUACAAAGCAAAAGAGACAUCAGCUAAAUGCAAUGUUGGAUCCUGAUUUAAACAACUGGCCAAAAUAUAUUUUUGUGAAGAAAACUGAACACAGACUGGUUACUAUACAACCAUCAAGGAAAUAUUAAUUUUGUUGAAUGACAAUGUAUCAUGGCUUUGUUAAAAUUCAAAAGAUCUUAUGUCAGAAAUACAUUUUUAAGUAUUUACAAGUGAAAUGACACAAGGACUGAGAUUUGCUUUAAAAUACUCCAGUAGAAGAAAAUUUAAAAAAGGAAGGGGGGUUGGGACACCUGUGUGGCUCAGUCGGUUAAGCAUCUGACUCUUGAUUUUGGUUCAGGUCACCUCACAGUUUAUGAGAUCGAGCCCCAUGUCUGGCUCUGCACUGACAGUGCACAGCUGCUUGGGAGUCUCUCGCUACCUUUCUCUUUGCCCCUGCCCUGCUUGUACAAGCUAGCUCAUUCUCUUUCAAAAUAAAUGAUUAAACAUUAAAAAAAAAAAA